CCAGAAGCUUCCCCAUGUGUACAGCUAGCUGCCUGUGAUUAGCCACGUCAUGUAAAGUUAGCAGUGGAGCGGUAGUGAUAUAUCUGGCAGCCUGGCUCGUAGUGUGAUUUGGGGGAGGACACUGAUUCAUUGACGGAGAGGGGGCGCUUGUUUCGGGGUUAGAGGUCGGCAGUAACCCGUUGGGAAGAUGUCAGACCUCGGGGACUGGUUCAAAAGCAUCCCGUUCAUCACCAGGUCCUGGUUCGCUGCUUCCAUCGCUGUGCCCCUCAUCGGGAAGCUGGGGCUGGUGGACUUCAGACACCUGGUGCUGGUGCCGGAGUACGUCUUCAGCAAGUUCCAUCUCUGGAGGCCAGUGACAGCCACUUUGUAUUUCCCGGUUACCCCUAACACCGGCUUCCUGUACAUGGUCAACCUGUAUUUCCUCUACCACUACUCCACUCGGCUAGAGACGGGAGGAUUUGAUGGCAGACCUGCAGACUAUAUCUUCAUGCUCCUCUUCAACUGGAUCUGCAUCGUUAUAACUGGGAUGCUGAUGAACAUGCGGCUACUCAUGAUCCCACUGAUCAUGUCCGUGUUGUACGUCUGGGCUCAGUUCAAUAAAGACACCAUCGUCUCCUUCUGGUUCGGAACACGCUUCAAGGCACAUUAUCUACCGUGGGUCAUCUUGGCCUUUAACUUCAUCAUUGGAGGCUCUUUUGUGAAUGAACUGACUGGGAACCUGGUGGGUCACCUCUACUUCUUCCUCAUGUUCAAAUACCCCAUAGACCUGGGUGGACGCUCCUUCCUCACCACACCACAGUUCUUGUAUCGCUUUUUCCCCAACAGAAGGGGAGGGGUGUCAGGCUUUGGAGCCCCCCCCAGCAGGAGACCAGUUGCCCAGGAGCCGGCGGCAGGAGGUCGGGGAGGACGUUACAACUGGGGCGAAGGCUUCCGCCUGGGGGACGACUGAGAGGAGGCCAGAGGAGAUGGCUUCACCUUCCUCCUCCUUUGCUACCAACAACAAACAGCCGUGCAGCUGAUGAUUGAAGUUAAAAUGUCUGCUUCUUCACAUUCUUCUCUGUUUGAGGGAAUGAACAAACAUCUCUGUGAAUUAAUUCAACUUCAUGUUUAGUUUUAAAGGAUAUGACGAGAUGGAAUUUGAAGAAGCGUGCAUUUCAACUGAAAGAGCAGCACGUAGCAGGACUCGGACUCUGGCUGAAGGCUCAGUUCACCAUGAAAUCCAAUAAUACACUUCUGCUGUCGAGUCCAAGUGAAGCAGAUAGAAGAGAACAUGAAUAAAUAGUUUGUUUUUGUAAUUUGAUGAUUCUUGAUCUCCCCUCCCCUUUUUCCUUCUGCCUUUCUUUCUUUCAUCCCUCCUUCACCUCUUCUCCACACACUGCCACUGCACUGCCGAGGUGAGAUGCUGCAGCUGCACACAAGCACGCUGCUGAUUUUGAUUCAUGUGUUCCUGUCCUCCGUCUCUCUCUGUGUUGCCAUAUCAGAUUACAGUGUAAUUACCAACGCACAGGGGCCGCGCUCCCUGUCGUCCCUCCACAGAACAUAAAGCGUCAGAGAUGAGCACUGUCUCCAGGUCGGAAUGUACAUGGGUGUAAAAUGUUUGUGGAGCCCCCUGUGGCACAGAACUGACCUUUCUUCUGUCUUAAGAUGUGAUGAUCUGAACCAAAAUGAGGUGAAAAUGGGAGUUUGCUUUUUUUUGUAAAUAUAACAGUUCAUUGAAAAGGCAAUUGAGUCUGAGUGUAUGAAUAUCUUACUUUCCCCUCUUCCAGCUCUGAGCUAAAAUAUUUCUCCAAAAUCAGGAGUGAGGGGAGGGAUUUCAGCUGAUCAUGUGCCUGUGUGGUAAAGCUUUGGCUGAUACUAAAGUUUAUUUUCAUGAUCAA